GCCUUGACGCUAGUUGAUGAAUUUUCAUACAGUUCUAUUCCGUUUACAAAUCCCGGUUUAUUAGAUAGAAAAUUAAUAAUAAUUUAUUCACACAAAUGAAUCGCCAUUUAUUUACAUGUGCAAAAUCUAUAAGUGUUCGUACUUAUUGCAUAGAUAAUAUGCGUCUUUUAUCAUUUUGCAUGUGCGUGAAAGAAAUGUCAGAAUAGAAGAAACGUAGGUUUGUCGCUGUUUUGACAAUGUAAUGCCCAAUUUUUAAAUACGUUAAUUUUUACAAGAGUGCUUAGUUGUGUAUAGUGAAACAGAUGAUCAAUAAAAUUGUAAUGAUACGAACAAGUGUAGUGUCGGUUAGAUAGUUUUUGACAGCCGGCAGGCUCGUCGUAAGCGACCAAAGAUUGGCUCCAUAAAAAUGAACAGUCGCAGUAGUGUAAAUGAAACAAAUUUGGUGAAUUUCUCGACCGAUCUGUCGACACUGAACCAAUUAGACACGAAGGACGGCUUGCUGAGUUUCCCAUUCGACCACAUUUAUGCAUGUCACUCUGAAACCUCGGACCGCAGGCAGGCGCUUCAACUCGAUAAAGAAGUCGAGAUCUCUACGCAUUGUGUAGUAUCCGAGGAGAAGGACUUAGUUGUGAACUCGGAAGUCAGCAGACUCUCUGGUCAGUUGGCUGCAUCUGAGAGCCAAAACAAGAGGUUGAAGGAUCUACUCAUUUACCACCUAGACUUGAUCCAGCAACAAAACGAACUCAUUACAAAAAGGGAAAAAUUAUAUCAAGCUUUAAAACAGGAAAAUGAUACUCUCAAAACUAAGCUGAACAGAAGAGUAAGUACAGUGAGUCAGAGGCACAGCAACCCGCCGCCGCUCGUUCAUGUCCCGCCAGGAGGCCUGCCGCCCCCCACGCCUGUGGUGCCCCCGGUCACCUCAACUGUGGUGAAAGCUGAACCCGGACCACCAGCACAGAUAAUGCUGAACAGCUUCACUGAGCUUCUACUGCCUGAUACCAGAACAAAUUCAUUUCUGUACGAUAGUGAUUUGAAUAAAAACAAACCUUUUGGCCAAGAUUCUUUUGAGAUCAGCAGGGGCACAGAAGACGUGUCAACUUUCUUGCAAGGAAACCUGGGUGUUUCCUCAAUUUUGGAUAAUAAUUUAAACCGUGACAAUUUUACAAUGAUUGAAAAUAAGCGUACACCGUUUGUCACCAACAAGAAAGAAAUAAUGACUGAACCCCGUUCUGAAGCUUUGUAUACUGUGACUUCAAAUAGUGGUAAUCCUGUCAUCCAAAGAAUACAGAGAAAUAAACGAAGGACAUCCUCUGCAUUGGGAAGCUUAAGUAGAAUGUCAAAGACUCCUGUUGCUAAGCCUGAGGUUUCUGAAAGCAGCAAAAUGUUUGAUGAUGAUAAAUUCAGUCCUUUUAGUAUCAAUAAAAAAUCUAAAAUGAUCAAUACCUAUGGUAAGUCAAAAAAUGCCAUAAAUAAAAGGACUUCACAAUUCACCGGAUCGCUUUCGGACAGGCUGCAGUUGAUUGACACGACGCCUACUGGGGAAGAUCCUUACCAGCUCGGGGAGGCUGACUUGAGGGAGCAAUCGCCGAUUCCAAAACUUAUGUUUCAAAAGUCCAAUCAUAGUAGAAUGAAAAUGUCUGCAGAUGGCACGAUGGAAGCUGCACCAACCCGCCGCAUUUACGACCCUGCCGAGACCACUGUCAAGCCCACGCCCAAGACCAAACUGGAUAGGUUUCACAUGCCCAGCACCUACGUACAACCCCCUGAAAGAAAAAAGGAAGUCAAAACACUUAUCAUUCAAGAACCCGAUCUAGAUAUAGUGAAAACAGAAACAGAAAUUGACUGGCGAAUUUACAACCCAAAUAAACCGGGAAAUGAGACAAGUUUGUGUGAUUUCUCCUAUGGUGAAAAUCCAAAUAAUCUAGCAUCCAAUAUUCUGCCAUCUUUGGAUUCAGUUGAGUUUCAAGAACUCUUCACGCCGUCGUCUCCGUUACGUUUGGAGAACCUAAACUCUGUGGAAUACAACACCACUGUUGAUCAAAGUGUUUUGGAUAAAUCAACGAAACGAACAGUCAGGACUCACAGUCUUAUGGGCUCUAAUCUUUUAGGUGGUGAACCCGGCCAAGUUAGCAUGCCAGGCAUGCUUGAUAGCAAACGCGGCAGAAAACGGGCUCUCUCUACUACAGGUCUAGGGAAAAAUGCAAAAAACCAAAAUAUCCCGAAAGUGCCUGGGGCUCCACCUAAACCCAAACCAGUCAAAGGGAAAGCGGCUUGCCGUGGGAAAAAAUCUCCCACGCCCGGAAUGGUGACAAAGAAGCCCUACCACACAUUGGUGGGUGAUCCGGAUCUGUCGUGGUACCUCGGCCUGGACCCCGAUGUGAAGCUGGAGGAUGUGGACCAAACCAGAGACAGCAAAGUUUCCACUGUUGAGGUACCGAGGUGGCGAGAGAAGCCGUAUACCAGUACGUAUACGCUCGAAGGAACGGAGAAUUUGGAUGAUAGGGUUUUUGAAAAGCGACAUCAAAAAUUAGAGGCCGAAGAGCGACGGCAACUUAGAUGGCACAUGCGGCGGAUCCGCGAGCAGCGGCACGUCGAGCGGCUACGGCAGCGGCAGCGCGACCCCUGGGGCGGCGGGGCGCGCGCUCCCGCCGUCUACACCGUGUGGCCGCAGCCCCAGCGCGACGUGCGCUUCAUCGAGAUCACCGACACGCUGCCCGUGAUGGCCUUCGGAGAGAUCCUGCCAGCGUUGCCGAACGCAGACUUCAUGCUGCCGUGGGUGAGGACUUCGAAAGCUUUGAAGAGAUCCAAACGAUCUAAAACUUUACAUUAGGUUAUUUACUAAUAUUGGUGAUAUUGCGUAUGUAAUGCAAUGUAGGGUUUUAGAUGUUUUACAUAUACUUACAAAUAAGUAAUCCCCAUGCAGUUAAUGUUUGGUACCUAUGUAAACAUUGGUUAUUGUCCUUUUAUUAUGUAGGAGUUUAAAUGUAUUUCAUGAAUGAAAUAGACUUCUUAUUAAGUGAUAAGGAAUGUGUCACAAUGGUUUAGUAGAGCUCACAGGGACUCAUUGAUUGCAAGUCGUCUUCGCGUUUGCGGUACAGUGCAGGCGUAUUGUGCGAUGGAAAUAUAGUUUAACUAACGUCUGUUGUUUAUAGUCGUCAUUCACUGUUUACCGAUGAUCAUUUCUGUCUUAAUUGAAAAAUAGCACCUCUAGUGCUAUAUCUUGCAAGUGACACUGUGUGCUCUCUGAAUCGGUUCGUUUGUGAUGGUUAAUGUAAAUACGCUUUGAAUUGUAACAACUGUGAAGAAUGGACUGAAUUGUAAAUAUUACUGUAUGUUAUUGUUUUUUUAUAUAUUUUUGUUGGAACUAUGUACGAAUUGAAUGUUGUCUCUUCUACUUUUUGUGUUUGUGUGAAUAGGUGAGUGAUGGAUGUCUGAAGCGAGUUAGGUGUAAUGUUUAUUAUAAUUAUUGUAUCAUUUGCUAUCCGUGCGGAAGUAAUAUUAGCGAUGUGUAUGUUAUUUUGUACACGUAAUUAUGUAGUAAAAAAACACGAAAACCAAACAUUAAAUAAGAAGGAUCAUGUAAAGUUUGAUUAAUAUUGUAUUAUACUAAGUAUCUUAGGUCAUAAUUAUAUCCUAGUUGUUACCACGCGUGAUAUAGUGACGAUUACGUGAUACACAGUGGUGUAUGCUUAUAAAUAGCGUGUUAAUUAAGUAUGCUUAAAAGUAGUGCGCUCCUGCAAGCGUGCAUGUUGCUUGAAACAUAUUUAUUGGUUGUUCUGACCUCCCACCCGUGAGUCCGGAAGCAUGCUUGAAAUCAUUUGGAUGUUGAGCUUUGAGCAUACUCACUUACAAGAAUAUAUUUGACACAAGCUUGUAAGUAGAUAUUACUUAACACAAAUAAAAUCAUGUUAAAAGCAUGUUACGUGUGCAGCACACGGUAUGCUUGAGAUUGGUUCAGAGCAUAUGGUAAAUAAACUACGCCGUAAACCUCAAUAUAAAGAAAUAAUCCAGUGUUAUUGGAAUGGAGUGAUAAUUGAUAUGGAGAAAAGUCGAAAAGUUUCCGUAGUACACUCGUAGUAAUACAAUAGUGGUGUAUUUUUAAAGCCAUAGUAUGACGCAAACGCUUAGUAUACACAUAGUUCUGAGUCGUGAAUCGCAAGGGAAUAUUUCAAUAGACAGUUUAAACUUUAAUCAGACCAUAAUUUCAGAAUUGCAACCAGUAGACUGAUUUUAGAGAUAGCGAGGUGAUUCUUCCUUUUACCCGUUAUUAUUAUAAGUAGAUUCAAAAUACUGUGAACACAAAGAAAAUAUUAGGGCAUAGAUGUAGACGGUGUUAAAUUUUAGUGCGUAUUAAUUCAUUCCGGAUUAAAUCGUGAAACGAGUACCUAAUGACGUUUCAAGCCUCUACACAUCUGUUACUAAACCGAACCUAUAUCAAUAUUCUUGUCAAUUAUAAAUAAGGUCAUUCUUUUACACGAAAAGUCCAGAUUUUAUGGGCCCAACAUCGGAAAAAUAGAAAGUGUAGUAAUUAUGAUAUUUCAAUAUUGGUCCUAUAGAAUUAGUUACGUUUGAGCUUUACACAAGAUUUUUUACAAUAUAAGAAAUUUAUUUGUACAAUGCCGCAUUUUAACUAUAUUCAUAAUAAUAGUCUAAAAUAGCAACAAAUUCACUAAACCUGUUGAACAUAAUAUGCUUUCUGUACAUUGAAUAACGUCAAUAUUCAUCAUGCAUAUACAUUUACGCGGUUACGCGCGUCGAAAUACAUUUAGAAACAAAUAUGUAUUCGUUGUGACGUAACAUUUACGAUAGUGACUGUAAUUUUAAAAAACAAAAAAGUAAAAAUAAUUCCAUGUCAGACAUGGUGUUCAACGGUUUUAUUCCUAUCUAAAAAGCAAUAUAUCCGCAAAGUCUUCGUUUAUCAGUGAUAUAGUAAUAUAAUAGUCCAAGUCUUCUUAAAAAUAUUAUAUACCACGUAAAAAUAUUAUGUAUAUUUAAUAAUUAUACACUAAUCGUCUUGCAAUUUGAAACAUACAUCAUGACUAAACUUGUAGUGUGAACGUCUACUAAACCCUGAAGUAUUCACGUAGCCUAUGAAGGUAUUAGCUUCAAUUACAAAUAAUUUUGUAUGGUAUCAAUAGUAAUAAUAUAAAUACAUAUACCAUAGUUUUAUAAUACUUAUAUUAAUAAUACAGGGCGUCCAACUACAAUGUGCGUGAAUAUUUGCCAUAUUUCUCCACAAUAAAAUGAAAUGGACACAGGCAACUAUUUCGGUGGUUAUUAUUGAAUUAAGCUAAUGAAUCAAAAUGUCUAAGUACAUUUUAGUUGGACAGACUGCAUUAUAAAUUAUAUACUUAGGACCGCAAAACAGUAGGCCUAGAUUUUUCUCAAUUGCUUACGAGCAAUUAUAAUUCAUAUAAUUCAUUAAUAUAAUAGUAACUACAAUAAAAUAUAUACAUAAAAAAUAACACAGUCAUAUACAAAUUUUACUCGUUUUAGUAAUUACAACUAAUUACACCGCGUGCUUGACGAAGUUUGUGCCAUUUUAGUGCGUUUUAUAGAGCACGAGCUUCAUCAAACUCAUAAUUAACUUGCUAUUAAAUUAUACAUUUGGAAAAUCGUAUAUUAGUUACUUGUAUAUUAAUAAUUCGUAAUUAAUGUGUAUUUGCCAUCGCGAGAGCAAAAAACACUUCUAUCGAAUUACAUAUCCACAAGAAACAGAGCAUACUAAGCUAUCCAAAUUUCUCCAGUUCUUUGUCAUGUAAUUGUUUCAAUCAGCUUUGUUUACACUUUAAAAGUCAGCUAUAGUCUGGUCGCUGAGCACGUAGAAGCAUUCGAUUAAAAGUCAAAAUAUUAUAGUGUUUUACAAAAAAAAAGGUAUUUAGUAUAUUUUUCUCAUUGACAGCAACUUGGGAUCAGUCUAGCACGGCGCUGUAGCCUUUAUGUAUGAUAUUUAAUGUCGCGCUUUUACAAGACUAGUUUUAUUGGUAAUGUGUUUUUUGAACUUAUUAUUAUUGUUCGCAACUGUAUAUUUAGUAUUCUACAAAAACCUGUAAUCUCAAUGAUGAUAACAUAUAGAUAAUGCGUCAUAGCAAUCAAAGUCACGGCAUAAAUUUAAAAAAAAUCAAUAAAAUAGUUUCUUUAAUAAUCCAAAUCAUUCACCGAAGCUUUUCUUAUAAAAUUAUACUAUGAAUUUGUAAAUAUGUAUUUAAUUGACAAAACUAUUCUUGCAUUUUAAGUACAUGUCAACACGUAACGUAUAAUAUCUACUUGGUAACAGUGUAUAAACUUUUCACCCAGUAUAUAAAGGGCCGUCUACUAAUCAAUAUCAGUAUAUUAAAAAUAUUAUCUAUUUAUGUAUUAGUAUAAAACUAAAACGAAUGCGUUCUUAUUUUUCCGCGUUAUUCCGUUGAGUUCUCCUAUUAAAAAUCAUAGGUUUGACAAGGGCUGCCAUGAACAAAUCUAAAUGUACAUACUUACGAAAUUGUGUAAUGUUUUAACACUUCUCAAAACAUUUGUUGAAUUCCUUCAUUCACGGUUACUUUCUGAUAUUUAAACUUAUUCACGGUGAAAUAGAUCCAAGAAUUUAUAUCUUCUCACUCAUUUGUUACUUAGUGUUAGCGCCAGAAUAUUAUACCACACUAGAAUGUGUGUUUGGAGAAAAUAUUUAUGAUCUACUGGUGUAUUAUUUUUGUCUGUUAUGUAUUGAAUGAACUGUAUAACAUGAAUUUCAUUGUGAAAUGAUUAUUUUUAUAGACACGUAGUUCUUAAUGUUGUAUAUAAACAUUACAGUAGCUUUAUUAAGUGACCUUUGGUAUAAUAUUUUCAUUUGUGUAGUAAUAACGCAGAUGUUAUUGAAUAUUACUUUUUGAUCCUGUUUUGAUUAUCAGAAAAUGUAAUAUUAUGUAUAAGAGUAUUUAAUUUAUGAGAAACUAUCGGCCGCCCGCGACUUCGUACGCGUGGAUCCCGUUUUACCCCCUUAGGGGUGGAGUUUCCUAAAAUCCUUUCUUAGCGGAUGCCUACGUCAUAACAUCUACCUGCAUGCCAAAUUUCAGCCCGCUUCGUUUGGGCUGUGCGUUGAUAGAUCACUGUCGGUCACCUUUGAGUUAUAUUAUACAGGGUUACAGGUUAAGUCGACCUAUUCCCUUUAAGGGCUUGUAGUUUUCAUCGUUUCUGAUUGAUUUGAUUAUGAAAACGCUAUCCUAAAUCUUACCGUUUUCAAGUAAUUUGAACUUAAUUGUUUUUUAUGAAAAUUUCCGGAUUUUUGGCUAUCAGCUUAGAUAUUUUUAAAUUUGUGUCUUAAUAUUACUAUUAUUUGAUUUUUACGUGUAAAACAAGAUGCUUUAUGACCUCAAUAACCAAUAUUGUACGUAAAAUGAAUAAGUCGUUGUAGACGAUUAAAACUUAUUAAAACUAAUGAAAAUUUUGAAAGUUUAUUGUUCUUUAAAGGAUAUUUUAAAAAAUAAUAUGGCGCCUGUUUUGCAGUUGUGCUUUCAUCAGCUAUCUAAUCUAAUUUAGGGUUUAUCUACAGGGAGACAAAAAAAGCUAAAUAAAACAAUAGGUGAGUAUAAGUUACUAAAUUUAAUCAGUAAGAUUUAGGAUAGGGUGUUUCAUAAUCAAAUCAGUCAGAAACGAUGUAAACUACACGCCCUUAACGGGAAUAGGUCGACUUAACCUGUAACCCUGUAUAUUUAGAUAUUUUGAUUUGGUUACAUUUCAAGGCCACAAGUAAAUUAUGUAAGAUUAUUGUAAAAAAGCAACCUUUGCGAAAUCCAGAUUAUGUAAUUAUUGUAUUUAUUCGAUUUCUCUGUUAGAUUGGCAUUACAUGUGAUCACGUUUUUUUUUAAUUUGUAUGCACCUUAUGUAAUAUUUUGUCGAAAUAAUGAAUUGUGUUAACUUAUAGUAAAAUAAAAUGAAGCUACUUUUUAGUUGCAGUAUAGCAUUAAAUUGAAGCGUCGUUUGUGUUGUGUGCGCGACAUUCCAAGGCGCGUGUAUAGCCUCUUUUAAAUAACCGACGUAGUUAGUAUUUUUGAUCAAAUCUUUUUUUUUACCGGGGGGAUACCUUUUUUUUUGCUAACGAAAAGGAAUGCACAUAAAACCAUAAAAAUACAAUAAAUAGAGCCAAGUGGCCUCGAAAGUUAUGUUUGCCAAGUACAUUGCCUUUACACUCGAAGAAAUUGCAAUAGGUAUUGCAAUAAAUUUGUGUUUAAGCUAUUUAUUAGUGUUUUAUAAAAAAAAAUCACGAAAAUUACCAUACAGAUGUAAGAUUUUUUACGAUGUCUUACAUUUCUAGAUCAAUCGACAAAAAUCAAAAACGUAUUUUGUCAAAUGUUAACUUCUUGCUGCAUUUUUUUCAAAACCUGUAAAUGUAGAUCAAUAUUAAAUCUGAAAGUUCUGGGAAUUCUGUUGCAAUUUUUUUUCAGUAGCUCCAAUUAUGAUACUUGCCCUAUUGUUCUAAUACAAAAACAGUUUUGUAUAUUACUGUAGACACUUAACAUUUAUCUCGAAUACAUAUUUAUUUUUAAUUCGUGUCCCUUUUCAAAAUUAUGUAUUAUCGGCUUAAAAUAAUGGUUUACCUAAUAUGAUAUUUUACAAAUGACCAACAAUAUAACUUGUGGCUAGAUAGACACGUUUUUGUUUAGUAUUUUUGAAUAUCUUACUGUUCUACAAACAAAAAAGAUAAUUUCAUGUUUGCCAAAUAAUAUUUUGCAAACGCUUGUUUUUUAAGUCGCUUUCUAUUGUCGGAAAAAUAAUUUAGGUUUAAUUUCACUGCACACUUUUAAUAAAGUAUUAAGAUCUCAUUUAUUAAUAAUAUCGGAAUAUAUUAAACAUUAGCAGUGAUCUUUAAUAAUAACUAACAUUGUGCCACGUCGUUGAGGUCUAUAAAUUGUGUCUAGAUUCGAACUAACAUUUGGAAGAUCUUUCUAUACGGAAAUGCAUAUCACUUAGGCAAAAGCUAUUGCAGAAAUGCACAUCGUUCUAUCUUAUCAUUUAUGUUAAUAACAUUGGUUUUAGAUUGUUGUUAUAACAUGUUUUUGUUUGGAAUUAAUUGUUGUAAAGUAAUAUUUAGGUUUUAUGAUAUAAUGUGGCAUUUAUUAAAUAAUCUCAAAAAGUGGUAUGUUUCAGUGUACAAUUUAGUACGUAGUGUGUAUGACACUAUUGAAUUAGGUAGCUUAAAUAUUUAUCUUCCCCGUAUUUAUAAGAAGUUUAUUUCGAUUUAAUUACGAAUUAAUGUGAUACUUCAGACUAAGUUGUAUAAGUACAUGGAAAUAAAGGACCUUCAACUUUAGAAACUUAUCUUCGCUUUUUUUUAAGUACAAUACUUGAUAAAUCCAUACUACUGAUGGUAAAUAUCGUAGUAAUAUUUCAUUAUUAGGACCCUAUUUGUUGGAUGUAAUGUGUUUUGUGAGUCUUUUAAUUAAAGCCAUUAAUAAAUUGUAUAAUGAAUUA